AUGGUCGAUAUAGAAGAGGUCAGAAAACACAACACCAAGAAAGACUGCUGGGUCAUUAUCCACGGCAAAGCCUACGAUGUCUCCGAUUUUGUGGAUGAACAUCCUGGUGGGUCUGCCAUCAUUGUAAAGUUUGCUGGAAAAGAUGCUACUAAGGCCUUUGACCCUAUUCAUCCAGGAGAUACGUUGACGAAGUACUUGGCUACCAAAUAUCACAAGGGUGAAGUUACGGAGGAUGAUGAAUAUGACGAUGAUGAAGACGAUCCUCCUUCAGAACAAGAAUUGCUCAGGAGAAAGAUGGUCAAGAAGAAGCCAGAUUUGUCGCAAAUGUACAACUUAAACGACUUUGAGUUUGUAGCUCGUCACACCAUGGAAAAGACUGCCUGGUCAUAUUACUCCUCUGGCUGUGACGACGAAAUCACAUUGCGUGAAAAUCAUGCUUCAUACCAGAGAGUGUUUUUCAAACCUCGUGUCCUUGUAGACGUGACAAAUAUUGACUUGUCUACGACAAUGUUGGGUACCAAAGUGUCCUCUCCAUUUUAUAUCACGGCUACUGCUUUAGGUAGAUUGGGCCACGACGAUGGAGAAUGUGUGUUGACUAGAUCGGCAGCUAAACAGGACAUCAUCCAGAUGAUUCCAACAUUGGCUUCCUGUUCCUUUGACGAGAUUGUCGACGCGGCUACUGAUAAACAAACUCAGUGGUUACAGUUGUAUGUCAAUAAGGACAGAGAAAUAUGUGAAAACAUUGUACGUCAUGCAGAAAAAAGAGGCAUCAAGGGCCUUUUUAUCACCGUCGAUGCUCCACAGUUGGGUCGUCGUGAAAAGGAUAUGAGGUCGAAGAAUAUCGAAGAUUUGAGUCAUGUUCAGGGAGAUGAUGAGGAAGCGGACCGUACUCAAGGUGCGGCGAGGGCCAUUUCUUCUUUCAUCGAUACUAGUUUGAAUUGGAAGGAUAUCAAAUGGUUCAGAUCCAUCACUAAAAUGCCUAUCAUCUUGAAGGGGAUCCAAACAGUAGAGGAUUCUCUUUUAGCUGUUGAGCAUGGUGUGGAUGGUAUUGUGUUGUCCAAUCAUGGAGGCAGACAAUUGGAGUUCCUGAAGCCUCCUUUGGAAGUUUUGAUCGAAUUGAUGCCGGUGUUGAGACUGAAGGGUUUACAGGAUAAACUUGAGAUCUAUCUUGAUGGCGGUGUCAGAAGAGCGACAGAUGUAUUGAAGGCUAUCUGUUUAGGAGCAAAAGGUGUAGGUAUAGGUAGACCCUUCCUCUAUGCCAUGUCUACCUACGGCGAUGCGGGUGUGUACAAGGCUAUUCAGAUCUUGAAGGACGAGAUGAUCAUGAACAUGAGGUUGUUGGGUGUCACCAGCAUUGACCAGUUGAACGAAUCGUAUGUCGACGUCAGGAACUUCCAAACCAGAUAUUUGCCAGAGGAUAAGUUGUUUGGCAAAGUGUACGAACCCUUGGUCAGUCCUGCUUUCAAGCUUUAG